AUGGCUCCUCCCGAUGCUGAUUUACAUCCCGUCGCAACGGGUCUCGCCAAGAAAACGGUCGACGAUCACUCGGCAGAGCAGCCCCUUAAGCUGUUCGCGGGCUGGUUCUGCCCGUUCGUGCAGCGGGUGUGGAUCACACUCGAGGAAAAGGGCAUCCCGUACCAAUACAUCGAAAUCAACCCCUACCACAAGGGGCCGGAGCUCCUGCGCGCUAACCCGCGCGGCUUGGUGCCGACUCUGGAGGUCGCGCCGGGCAAGGCGCUGUACGAAAGUACCGUGCUGUGCGAGUACCUCGAGGACCAUUAUCCGGAAUAUGGGCCGCGAAUCUUACCUCCGGCAGGCAAGGACGAUUACACGCGAGCGAAGGCGCGCAUCUGGACCGACUUCGUCACGUCCCGCGUCAUCCCGGCCUUCCACCGGCUCCUGCAAUUCCAGACCUCCUCGGCGCACGCCGACGGCGGCGCGGCUCGCCUCGACGCCCUGCGCCGCGAGUUCAGAAACCACCUGCUGGAGUUCUCGCGCGAGGCCGACCCCGAGGGCCCCCUGUUCUUCGGCCCGGACUUAAGCCUCGCGGAUAUCGCGCUGAUCCCGUGGGCGGAUAGGCUGUGGGUUUUUGAGGAGUUUAAGGGCGGUUUGGGGGUACCGGACCCCGGGAAGGGGGGCGAGGAUGAGGAGGCGUGGGGGCGGUGGAGGAGGUGGGUGGGUGCGGCGACGGGGAGGGAAAGUGUGAGGAGGACGACGAGUGAGAGGGAGUAUUUGGUGCCGAUUUAUAGGCGUUAUGCUGACGAUACGGCGAUGUCGGAGUUGGCGAAGGCUACGAGGGAUGGGAGGGGUGUUCCGUGA